CAACAUUACUGAUUCGAUGCGAUGGCCAAGAAAGGAAGCAAGAAUAAGAAGAAGAACAACAACAACAAUAACAAUAAACAACGACUCCUAGUAAACGACAACCAACUUUCAAAGCAAGAGAACAAUCUUCUUACCGAUCCCGCCCCGGAAACGGUGGUUGAAUCUGGAGAAAAUGAAGCACUCGCCCCAGUAUGCACAGCUUCCCAAAUUUGAGUACCAGACUUUCGAGCGUCAAUAUCAGACCUUCGACCGUCAUACUUUGCAAUUUUCGUAUUACUCUGUCGCUUCAUCAACAGACGAUCUGACACCGGACAAGGAUCAGGGCAAUAACCCCGCCGAACCAGACAUUGCAUCGGAAGAAGGAUCAAGUAGUUCCCCUACUGACACUACAUCGUCCCCCGAGGCUGGAGAAUCGUCUGAAGCAACAACGCCGUCUACCGAUCCAGUAGAAAGCCCCGCUGAGGCCGCUACUGAGCCACUCGAGGAAAAGGUCGAGCCUGCUGGAGAAACCGAUGACACUGCCCAAGCAGCCGGAGUUGAAAGUGCCGCCGAUGACAAUAAAGACGAGCCACCGGCCGACGACUCUGCUCAACCUCCGGAAUCGAAACAAGAUGCCGCAGAUACUGUGAACCAAAGUCCUCCAGAGCAAGGUACUCAAGAGCUCAACAAUGGUGAUGAACUUACUGAAGCCUCCAAGGAGACUGAAGCAACACCUGUCCUUCCAGCCGAAAAUUCAAGUGUACCACCGGCAGAUACCGAACCUACCCUCCAGCCCGAUGGAGCCGCAAAUCCCGACGUGACCGACACCGCCUCACCGGAUGCCCCGGUUGUAGAUUCGAAUACCGCAGAUCAUCUAGCUGAGCCUGUAGUCGAGGCCGAGGCCGAGGCACCAACUGACAAAGGUUCAGUAGAUGAGUUAACAGCUACAGAGGGUCAAGAUGAAAGUACGGCUUCUGUCAGCCCUGGUACUGAAGUGGAACCAAGCCCGGCAGGGUCAACGGAUAAGGAAGAACCGGAUGUAGGAGAAACACCAAUCGAUGACGCUGUGGCGGAUGAGGAGAGCAAAAAGGAACCUUCAACAAAGCCUAUAGGAGACGCGCCUGCUACCGCUCCAGCAGAGGUCCAACCAGAGGUUAACGAGACAAAAUCAGAAGAGACACAAGCCUCUGAACCCACCACCGAGGAGCCUGUUUCCGACGAACCAUCUAUCGGUAAUCCUGACGACAGACCUGCCGCCCCAGAUAAUGCCAAACUUGUCACAGAUGUGCCUGAAGAACCUCCAGCCGAGAACUUUCCCCCAGAAGAAGAGAUACCCGACGCGGCAGAACUCACGAAGGAGGAAGCAUCUGAGGAACCAGCAAAAGUGGAGUCAACGGAAGAGAUUACGGCUGAAGAGUUAGAUGAGCAGGAUCCUGGGGCUGAAGAAGAAGUGGCUCAAGAGCUUUCUGCUGAACCCGAAGGGAAGCAUUCUGAAGAAGAGAAACCGGUCGAAGAAUCAGUCACCACGGAAACCCCCGCUGAGCAAACCCCAGCCGAUGAAGGAGAGAAUGAGGAAACUGCAGAGCCCUCUGUCAAUGAAUUCCCUGCACAAGGUCCAGCUAAUUCCAAAGAAGCUAGAAAUAAUGAGCCUCCCGCAGAUGCAGAAGCUUCAGAAGAAGCACACGUUGAACCCCCAAUCUCUGCCCCCCAACCACAAGAAACUUUGCGGAAAAGUUCGACGCUCAAGAUCUCCUAGAAGAAACGGGUGCCUCCAAGGAAACGGCUAUUGAAGACGCGCCAAAUAAAACGGUAUCUGAGGAGCCUACAGAUACCGACGAGCCUCAUCCAGAUGAACCUUCUUCUAUUGAUGGCCAUAUCACAGAUGAGCCUGUCAUUGAAAAGGCUCUUGUUGCCGAGGAGCCUGCCGUGGCCGAAGAGGCCUUCGUAAAGGAAACGCUUGCUGCCGAAGAAUCACCUGUCACCGAAGACGUUCCCGCUGUUGAAGAAGCUCCUGUUGCUGAUGAAGCGCAUGCCUCUGAAGAAACUCCCGAGUCACCUGCUACUGGAACGGUUCCUAUUGAAGAGGCUCCCGUUG